UGGCGGCUGCUGGCCCGCUGGCUGCCCCUCCAUUUCGAUCCAUUCUUCGGGACAUACAUUUAGCAUCCCAACGCCCACCACAAUCUCUCCUUUUCCUCAGUCUCCUAUCCUCGCAUACUCUCUGCACUUUCGAUCCCAGAAACACCCGUCAAAAUGGCCUCCCGACCUCAGAACAUUGGCAUCAAGGCCAUUGAGAUCUACUUCCCCAACCAGUACGUCGAGCAGACCGAGCUCGAGAAGCACGAUGGCGUCUCGACCGGCAAGUACACCAUUGGCCUCGGCCAGACCAAGAUGGCCUUCUGCGACGACCGCGAGGACAUUUACUCCUUCGCCCUGACCGUCACCUCCCGCCUCCUCAAGAAUUACGCCGUCGACCCCAAGUCCGUCGGCCGCCUCGAAGUCGGCACCGAGACCAUCCUCGACAAGUCAAAGUCCGUCAAGACCGUCCUCAUGCAGCUCUUUGGCGACAACACCAACAUUGAGGGCGUCGACACCCUCAACGCCUGCUACGGCGGCACCAACGCCCUCCUCAACACCGUCAACUGGAUCGAGUCCUCCGCCUGGGACGGCCGUGACGGCAUCGUCGUCGCCGGCGACAUUGCCCUCUACGCCAAGGGCGCCGCCCGUCCCACUGGUGGUGCCGGCGCUGUCGCCAUGCUCAUCGGCCCCGACGCCCCCGUCGUCCUCGAGCCUGGCCUGCGCGGCACCUACAUGCAGCACGCCUACGACUUCUACAAGCCCGACCUGACCUCGGAGUACCCCUACGUCGACGGCCACUACUCCAACACCUGCUACAUGCGCGCCCUCGACGCCGCCUACCGCGACUACUGCGCCAAGGAGGCCAAGCAGCUCAACGGCGCCGCCGCCGACGGCAAGCCCACCCUCGACCGCUUCGACUACCUCGCCUUCCACGCGCCCAACUGCAAGCUCGUCGCCAAGUCGUACGCCCGCCUGCUGUACCACGACUACCUGGCCAACGCCGACGCCCCGGCCUUUGGCGAGGUCGCCCCCGAGCUGCGCGACAUGGACUACGAAAAGUCCCUGACCGACAAGGUCGUCGAGAAGACCUUUAUGGGCCUCACCAAGAAGAAGUUCCAGGACCGCGUCAGCUCCUCCCUCAACGUCGCCACCAUGUGCGGCAACAUGUACUGCGCCAGCGUCUGGGGUGGCCUCGCCUCGCUGCUGCACUACACCGCGCCCGCCGACCUGGACGGCAAGCGCAUCGGCGUCUUCAGCUACGGCUCCGGCCUCGCCGCCACCUUCCUCUCCUUCCGCGUCAAGGGCUCCACCGAGACCAUCAGCAAGACCCUCGACAUCCCCGCCCGCCUCGAGGCCCGCAAGACCCUCGCGCCCACCGAGUACGAGGCCUUCUGCGACCUGCGCAAACAGGCCCACCUCCAGAAGGGCUUUGCCCCCCAGGGCCAGACGGAGAACAUCACCCCGGGGACAUACUACCUCGAGAAGGUGGACGACAUGUUCAGGAGGGAGUACACCAUGAAGGUGUAAGCGACGAAGCGAGCGAGCGAGUGGAAGCCGACAUGAAAGCAUAUUUGAUGACUGUUUAUUCAUUUAAUAUAUUUUUGGGGAGGACUGGUGGCCCGGUCCUUGCUUAAAAGAUGAACAUAGACAGGGAGGUUUAGUCUUUGGAAUGUGUUUAUUCCCUUUGUUGGUCGACUAUAUAGAGGUCGAAUGAUGAAUCAAGACAUUACGUUUUCUAGACU